UUCUCCCCGGCCCUGGCCAGCCCGGGGGCCAGGCUGGCCACCCAGGACACGCAUCCGUCGCUGGACCUGGAGAUCCAGCGCCCAGAUGCUAUGCCGGACCCGGCGAUCCGUCAACCUCUCCCUCUUCUCCGCUGCCUGGGCUUACUUUGUCUUCCGUGUCUCUGGAUGCGCCCAGCCCGGCCUCCGACUUUGGGUGGGGCCCGAAUCAGGUCCGGAGAGGCAGGGCGGGGAGCGGUGCAGUUCUCACCCGACCACAUCCUCCCCUGGAGGCGGGAAAACCUGUUUGCCGGGCUGCUGCAGGAGCGGAUGCAGAGCCUCCUCCAGCUCUGAGAGUUCGACCUGAAGGUGUCCCCGUGCCCACUGGGGACCCCCGCCCCUGGCCAGAGUCACGGCCCCCAAGCCUCUCGUUUGAGGAGAUUUUAGGGUCUGGCCCCUAACUCCCCAGAGGGGCACAUCUCGAGGCAGCCCCUCCUGAGGACCCGAAGAAACAAGCACCGUGGAUGUCACUCUUCCUUCCUGGACCUGGCCAGAGUCCAGCGGGGGAAAGGACGACCUCAGCUGCCCCACGAAAUCAAUGCGGUUUCCCCCUGCUGGAGGCAGCUGCCCACCUCACCCACCCAGCCCCAGCAGUCGGAACCAGACACUCCGGAAUUUGCUGGGACUCUCCAGGCCCUUGAUCAUAACUCCUCCACACGCAGGGCUGGGUCUGGGGGUCCUCAGACUGAGAAGAGUCCUGGCCUCCCGCCCUUGGGUCUCACUGUGACCACCAGGUGGGGGGUGCAGGGGGCAGGGGGACUGGCCCUGAACUCGUCUGCCUAGGGUGGGCAGGCAGCACGUGGGGUCUUGACUUUGUGUAGGAAAGCUUCCACAUCACGAGUCCCGGUGACUAGGAGGGAACGUUUAUUAAAGCUGGGGCCAGUGAAACGAGGAAGGGCUUCGGAUAGAGGGAGCAACCGGAGAGGGACCAGGUAGGGAAAUGAGCCUGGGCUGGGCUGCUUUGGCUCACUAGGAAACCAGAGAAAAGGGGGACUUGGGGCCCUGGCAGGGUGGCUCAGUCGGCUGCAGCAGCAUCUCCGUGCACCAAGGUUGCAGGUUGGAUCCCCGGGCAGCAGAUGCAAGGGCUGACCGAUGAAUGCAUGCACAGGUGGAGGGCAGAUACUCGGGUGUCUCUCGGCUGAGAACCGACGUGCCUUUGCACCGCCUGAGCGGCAGUCCGCGCAUCUGCUCCCUCAGACUGCCAGCAUCUGCAACAGCAUCUAGACCCUGCAGCGAUUCGGACUGCAGGUUCCAGACCCGCCGGAGGACGUGAGCCAUUGAUGGGCAGAGACAAGACUGCAGUCCAGUGCCCGGGACUGUGGGUCCCUAUGCUGGCUGUCCUGCUGGGAGCCUGCCAGGCCCUCCCCAUCGCAGACUCCAGCCCCCUCCUCCAAUUUGGGAGCCAAGUCCGGCAGCGGUACCUCUACACAGAUGAUGCCCAGGAGACGGAGGCCCACCUGGAGAUCCGGGCUGAUGGCACCGUGGCGGGGUCUGCCCGCCAGAGCCCCGAAAGUCUCUUGGAGCUCAAAGCCCUGAAGCCAGGUGUCAUUCAGAUCUUGGGGGUGGUGACCUCCAGGUUCCUGUGCCAGAGGCCAGAUGGGUCCUUGUACGGAUCGCUCUACUUCAAUGCCAAGGCCUGCAGCUUCCGGGAGCUGCUUCUGGAGGAUGGGUACAACAUCUACCAGUCAGAGGCCCUUGGCCUCCCACUCCGCCUGGCCCCCCACGACUCCUCAUCCUCGGACUGGCGCCACUGGGGACCCUCCCGCUUCCUGCCGCUGAAGGGCCUGCCCCCAGCGCCGCCGCCAGAGAGCCCAGGGGUCCCGUUCCCCGGCCCCCCAGAUGUGAGCUCCUCCGACCCCCUCAGCAUGGUGCGGUCCUCACUGGGCCAAAGCCCCAGCUAUGUGUCCUGAAGCCUCAGGCCGCUUACGACUGCGUCUCCUCUUUAUUUAUUGGGUUAUUUAUCUUAUUUAUAUUUUUACUUUUCUUACUUGGAAUAAUAAAGAGUAUGAAAGAAAGAUCA